ACACCAUACAGAGAAGAUAAUCAAAGAAGAACAGCAACGACAUCAUCGACAGCAAGGGAAAAAAAGUCAGCCACUACAGCAGAAACAGCCAAAGGAAACAAAACAGCAGCUGAAGAAAUGUAAAAACAGAAGCCACCAGCAAAUAUUUAACAAAAACACAUACAUAAGCGAUAUGUCAUCAUUGCAACAUUCACACGACUUGCGUUACAAACGUUAUGAGCGUAUGCAUGCAAGGACAGGUAGAAUAUCCACUUCAGUUCCGUCCUUUAACUCUGCGGUAUCAGUAGUACGUUCCGCUGAAAUUCUUUUGACCAAUAAGACUUUGACUAAUCUUAGGACUCAAAGUAAACCAUGCAUAACAAAUGGAACUACAACAGCUAUUGUUGUCGAAGAUAUGUGCGGCAUUGAAUCGGAAAACAACACCGUUGUUUUAGAGACCAAUUUCAGUAAUGCUUUAGUACGUAAUGAUGCACUAAAUGAGUCCCUGUCAAAUUGGAAGUCGAAGAGCCAAGCAGAUGAAAAUAAAAUUAUUGGCUUUAAACCGAAAUACGCUUAUAGAGAACGUAACAACAAUGUGCAAAACAGUCAAAUUUUAGCUAGGGAAACUCGAAAUAGUUUUGACAAAAAUAUCAAAGAUUUCGGUAAGAAACGAUUGAGCUUUAAAUCUGAAAAUUUCUUAAGGCAUAUUGACACCGAAGAGAGCUACUCUGAAAGAAAUAGCAUCAAUAUUGUUCAAAGUAAUAUCAUCGAGGAGGAUUCCGAUUUUCGGAAUGCAACGCAAUUCAUGACAACGGACCUAGUCGAACAUUCAAUAAAUAGUAGUAGUAUGGAUCAGUUUCUUUUAUCUUCGGGUGGCGAUUCAGAUUGCAGUAAUCUGGCAAAGCACCUAGCAGUUGCUGUUAGGAGUUGUGAUGACAGCAGACAAGAAGGAAAUGCUAACAACUUCAGAAUCAGUGCUGCCGAAAUCCAUUACGCUAAAGAAGUCGAAAGAAGUGGAAAUGAAAACGUCAAUGGUAAUGCGAUCGUGAACAAAGUACUAACCGAAUUCGUCCUUGAAAAUGACGAUUCAGGUGAAAUACUCAUAAGUAGUUGUAACUCGGAGAUAGCUGAGCACAAUGAAAAAGACACUGUUGGAUGCUGUAUUUUUAACGUCAAUGAGAAAAUACAAAAUUUGGUAGAAAAAGCUGUAAUAUCAUACGAUCAACAAUUUCAGCUGGCGCAUAAUUCAGAUAUGGACACUGAUUAUAGCCAACCACUGUCGAAAAACUCGGUAAAAUGUAAUCAAGGAAGUGAUUAUUCACCAAUUGCUGAGCGUAACAUGCACGACGUUGAUGACGAAACCAUUAUAUCUGCACAUGGUGUGCUAGAAUCUGCUGACCAACAAACAAUCGCGGAGAUACCGAGUAGUAAGGGUAUUUGUGUUGAAUAUAAAUUGAUGCCAAAAUAUAUGUUGUAUAUGGAGUCGAAGCAGUCACUAAGUCCAAAUCAACAGCAGCAACAUCAAAAGCUAGCCUCGACGCAACUCAUAAUUAAGACGAAUGCUGAAAAUGCUGGCCACGCUUUGGAUAAUGUUGUAAACAAUGGCGUUGAUGUAAAACAUGUGCAGAAACUCGAAAGCAUAAGUGGCUUCGAUGAUUCGAUGAUACAGGAAAGGGCGCAACGCGGGCAAUUAUAUUCACUACGAAACCGCAAGUUAAGCGAUAAUGAAAACAGCAUGGGAACAGCACGCAUUAGGAGAUAAUAAAUAACUAUAUGUACAUGCAAGGCGCGCUCUUAGCAGAGUUGCUUGGAAAGCAUUAUUACGUCAGGCUGAAGUCGAAUAGGGUUGACAAGGCUUACUGAAGAAAGAAGAAGAAACUUACAAAGCAGUUACAACAACAUGACAAGUGCAGUUCUACGGCGAAACAAGCAGGAUAAUUCUUAAAAGCGAAAUUUUUAUAGUAUGCUGCAAAUUUUUAUAAGCGGAUACUUUGGUACAUACAUAUGUGUAUUGAAAUUGAUAUAUACAUUGUAUAUACAUAGGUGCAGACAAUGCAUCUAAAUUGUAAGUUUACAUAUGUAUGUAUAUGAAAACGUAAUUGUAAACCAAAGGGCAGUGGAUGCGAUUUUUCUUUUAUACAAAUACAUACAUACAUACAUAUAUACUUAAUAAAUAAUUGGCUUCUUUUAAAACAUAUAUAUAAGCAAAUUUAUAAGCAAGCUUACAAAAUGUAUUUAUACAGAAAAGUUUUUAUUGAACACACAUACAUAGGUACAUACAUAUAUGUAGUCGUAAUGCAAAACUAUCUAAAAAUGAUUCAUAUGAAUCAUAAAAACAGGAGUAGUAUUAACAACUUAAUAAAUAAAAUUAGAGAAAUGCAACAUAUUUAAAGAAUCUUACAUAGGACAUGUUCAAAAAGCGAAAUUAAAACAAAUAUAUAUAGAAUGAAGGCAUUCGAAUAAUAAUAGCUUAUAAGAUGUACAACAAAUUCAAAACAAAAAAAUACAUAUAUAUUUAAAAAACUUAACAUAGGACAUGAUAUAAAAAGCGAAAUUAAAACAAAUACAUACAUUUGCCGCUGGAUGAAGGCAUUCGAAUAAUAAUAAAUAAUAAGGUAUACAACAAAUCCAAAGAAAAAACUAUUUAACUAAAUUGAUGGAAGUUUAAGCUAGUCAAAUGCAAAAAUCGUCUGUGCAAGUUUGUGUUAAAAUAAAAGACAACUUGCUGAAUUCAUAGGUUAAGUUAUAUUUGUAUGUGUAUAUGCAAUGAAUGAAAUAUAGUGAAUUUCCUGUUAG